GGUUAAAUUCAACACAUUGGAGGAAUUGCAGUUUGACUGCGUUGUAGAAGGUUUCACACAAAGAAUGGAUAACUAACAAGCUGGGGGAUCGUAAAUACAAACGCACAUGAAAUUGACGACAAAAUGAAUGCACCAAAAACAAACGAAAGGAUUGAAUCUACAUUAUUUUUAACUUUGGAAGGAGGAGUUUGAAGAAGUUUGAAGACGGGGUCUGUAGUAAAGUUAAGUAGACUAAAGACGCUGAGAUUGCGUUUCCAGAGGAAAUUGGAGGACAGAAACAGAAGGAAAGAUGUUAGCAGAGACGAGCGUUCACUUUUAUAAAAGGCCUAAUGUGUACAAUAUUUAACCCCUUUUGUUUUGCGCAUGGCCUUUCAAAUACGUUUAUUUUCUCAAAUAACACUGGAUCGGACGGAGGAAAACGGUUUAGUCCAGAAUGCGCAUAGUCUUUUAUCGAGAUGUCAGCUGUAUGUAGCGUGCGAUUCGUUUUUUGGGGGGUAGCCUAAAAUAUUUGGAUACAGUCGUAAAGAAGAUAGUUUGUAGCCUUCCCAUUUCCCUAAGACUAAGCCAAUACGUGUUGGAACAAUGUGGCCAAUUUCUGUUUGUUUAUUGUAACUUUAUUGCAACAAAUGUUAUAUGUAUCCGUGUGGAUUGCAACCUCGUGUAGCCUAGGUUACAGUACAUUUGGUUGCAUUUAUUUUCAUUAUAUUGUACAGUAAAUGUAAAAAAAAAAAAAAAAAAAAAAAAUUGGGGAGGCCAAUUGGUUGGUAAAAUAAUUAGUAAAUAAAAUCAAUAUCUAUUUGAUGGCUUUUUCCGUCGUUGAUAGAGAGUUUGAUCGGGGUUCAAGUCGCACAGUCCAGCUCACGGAGGAGGACUGCAGUUUGGUGGAUAAAAGACUGGAGCCCAUUUCAACCAGGAGUCUGAUACGGGACAACGACUCGAACCAACGGACCACUCGUGGGAAAGGCCUGAUUUUGGGGGGAUUUAACUCCACAAGCUUGGAAUCUAAUCUUAUUCACUUUUGUGAGAGAACCCGCAUUCUGACCUUUAGGCUAUGCCUGUGUAAACCGUGAUCAGGCAGGUAUGCAGUUGAACCGACCGAAGAGCGCUUUAGUGUCGAGCUUCAGCCCGUCGAUUUCCCCGGAGACGGCAGCCAGUAUCGGUUCCUUCUCCAGCCAGUUCAAAACCAUGCGCUUCUCCUACCACAUCAGCCGCAGCAUGGCAAGACCACAACCGCCGCUGCGCAGGAUACGCCCGUCCUCCUCCAGCCCCCGGCUGAUGACUAAGAACCUAUCCCUGGAGCCUGGUGCUCACGGCCUCGGGGCCCACGACGACGACUCAGACACCCAGACAGAGACCCCUCGCCUAAGCUCAGACCCCGGCCCUCAAACCUCCGGGCCACUGGGUGUGCAACCCCCCGGGGCCCUGCUGCACCCGGCUCGACACAGCUGUAACAGAGGAGACAAUGGGAGUGGAACUCCUCAAGAAGUGCACUCCACCACCCUCAAGACACGCCCUCCCUUACCUGGGCCUAAACCACAAGUGCCCCCAAAGCCUCCUCACCUGCAGCAGAGUGCUGGUGCUGCUAGGCCACGCCCCCGCGCCCCGGACAAGCCCCUCCCUCUGCCUCCACCCUGUAGACCUCUGCCUGCAGACCCCAGAGGGGGAGGGCCCAGCCAUCCCCAAACACUCCCCCGCAUUGAGGGAAGGUCCUCCCCCACCGCUUGCGUGCUCUCCCUCAUCGAGAAGUUUGAGAGGGAGAAGAUCAUUGUGGUGCCUGAUAUCACGGGAGGGGGUCUCUGCACCCCCUGGGUCCUCGAGACGGGACCAGGAGGUGACACCUUCCCUCCCCCAGCCUCAGAGCUCCCUCUGGGCUGUCUCCCCGUGGUCUGGCCCCCUGGUUCCUCUCAAGACCCCCAGGAGCACCGGGAUCUACCUCAGGGGCUGGCUGUGCUGGUUAAUGUGUUGCCGGGGGAGACGAAGGUACCAGAGGAUGACAAUGAUAAUGAACUAGGAACGUUGUGCUCUAUCUCUGACAAGCGUCUGUCCAUGGAGUCUGGCUACAGCGCCUCGGAGAGACUCACGGACACCAUGGAGAUGAGGGAGCAGGUGGGGUCAGAAUCAGAGAGCCAACCAGAGAUCCCCUCUGAACACUUGCCCCUCCUUCAGCCGCAGACAGACGGCAAGCUGGCCAAUCGGGAUUCUGGCAUCGACAGCAUCAGCUCUCCGUCCCACAGUGAGGAGCUGUGUUUCGCCGGCGACGAGGACCGGGUCAUCUACCCAUGUAGUCCCGCCCUCACGCUUCCACGCCUCUCUAGCUCCUCCUCCUCCGGCUAUGCCGAGGGUCCGGGGGGAGAGGGGGCAUCGGCUGAGCAGGGGAGGGAUUCGGAGGGGGACAGUGACUUGGAGGAGGGGAGUGGGGAUGAGACAAUUGAACUGAUCAACCCCAUGAUGGAUCUGCUGCCUUUGGCCCUGCCUCAAACAGACAGACAGGACUCUACAGAGCUGUCGGUGCAGCAGCGUGUGUUCAACAUAGCCAAUGAGCUCCUCCACACAGAGAAGGCCUACGUGUCUCGGCUGUACCUCCUGGACCAGGUGUUCUGCUCCUCCCUCCUAGAGGAGGCGCGCUCCCGCUCCUCCUUCCCUCUAGACGUGGUCAUGGGUAUCUUCUCCAACAUCUGCUCUAUAUACUGUUUCCACCAGCAGUUCCUGCUCCCAGCCCUGGAGAAACGCAUGGCGGAGUGGGAUGUGAACCCGCGCAUCGGGGACAUCCUGCAGAAGCUAGCCCCCUUCCUGAAGAUGUAUGGAGAGUACGUGAAGAACUUUGACCGGGCCAUGGAGCUGGUCAACACCUGGAUGGAGAGGUCGUCCCAGUUCAAAGCCAUCGUCCACCAAAUCCAGAGAGAGGAGCGCUGUGGUAACCUGACCCUACAGCACCACAUGUUGGAGCCGGUUCAGAGGAUCCCUCGCUACGAGCUGCUUCUGAAAGACUACCUGCACCGUCUCCCUGACGACCAUGAUGACUUUCAGGAUGCACAGAAAUCACUCGAGUUGAUCGCCACAGCUGCCGAGCACUCCAACACAGCCAUCAGAAAGAUGGAGCGUAUGCGUAAGCUGCUGAAGGUGUAUGAGUUGCUGGGAGGAGAGGAGGACAUCGUUAACCCGACCAACGAACUCAUCAAGGAGGGACACAUCCUCAAACUGUCGGCUAAGAACGGCACCUCACAGGACAGAUACCUGAUCCUGUUCAACGAUAGGUUAUUGUACUGUGUCCCUAAACUGAGGCUGAUUGGCCAGAAGUUUGGGGUGAGAGCCAGGAUCAACGUGGAUGGGAUGGAGCUGAAGGAGAGCAGCAGUGUUAACGUUCCCAGGACCUUCCUGGUGUCUGGAAAACAACGAUCACUAGAGCUACAGGCCAGGACUGAAGAAGAGAAGAAGGACUGGAUCCAGGCUAUCCAGGCCACCAUUCAGAGACAUGAACAGACGCUAGCCACGUUCCACCAUCUCAACUGCUCUCUCCGAGAUGAGGACUACACUCCUCCCAACUCACCUAACUGUAAUGAGCUGGGGAAGCGUGCCCCCACUCCGAUCCGUGAGAAGGAGGUGACUCUGUGUAUGAAGUGCCAGGAGCCGUUCAACUCCAUCACCAAGAGACGCCACCACUGCAAAGCCUGUGGACACGUGGUGUGUGGAAAGUGUUCAGAGUUCAGGGCCCGUCUGCUCUACGACAACAACAGGGCUAACAGGGUGUGCAUCGACUGCUACACCACCCUAGUGGGGGUUCCCCCCUCCCCCGCCAGUCUGACCUGCAGCAUAAACAGACGACGGUCAAUACUAGAGAAACAGGCGUCGGUGGCAGCAGAGAACAGUGUGAUGUGUAGCUUCCUCCACCACAUGGAGAAGGGAGCAGGCAGAGGCUGGCAGAAAGCCUGGUUUGUCAUCCCAGAGAAUGAACCACUGGUGCUGUACAUAUACGGUGCUCCUCAGGAUGUGAAAGCCCAGCGCUCUGUACCCCUGAUUGGCUUCGAGGUCUCCCUUCCUGAGUCAUGUGACCGCCUGGAACGCCGCUUUGCCUUCAAAAUCAGCCAAUCCCACCUUACGCUCUACUUCAGUGCCGAUGGGGAGGAGCUACAGCGCCGGUGGAUAGAGGUCCUAUCACGCGCAGGGAGAGGGGAGGAGCUACAGGCUCACGGUUCAAUUACAGAGGCCCUAGAGGAGGAAGGGGAGGAGACUGCAACCUCGGGAGAGAAUACAUGAUUGAUUUUGAGGCAUACAAUCAAUAUUAGAUCUGUUCUCUAAAGACACAAAACUACAAACUGUACAGAACAUGAGCAGCACACACACACACACAGUUUAAAAUGUACAUACACACACAGGUUGACACACACAGGUACACAAACAAACUCACACACACCUCUUUGUAUUUAAUGUCAGUGAUCAGUCAGUUGCAUGAUAAUAUCUACAGGUCUGUUCCUCUCAGUCAGUGUAUUGCUCAUCAACUCCUCACAGUGAACCAGUGUUUGCAACAACAUCAAAACAAACUGCCAAAAGUCAAAAGAAAAGUGUUGCUCUCGUCCUCCCUUCAGAAGAUAUAUCAGAAGAAUGCCGUAAACAAAGAUGUGUGUCACAGUGAAUAGCUUCCCUCCAGUCAGACAUUGACAUUGUGUGUCACAGUGAAUAGCUUCCCUCCAGUCAGACAUUGACAUUGUGUGUCACAGUGAGUACUUUCCCUCCAGUCAGACAUUGACAUUGUGUGUCACAGUGAAUAGCUUCCCUCCAGUCAGACAUUGACAUUGUGUGUCACAGUGAAUAGCUUCCCUCCAGUCAGACAUUGACAUUGCGUGUCACAGUGAAUAGAUUCCCUUCAGUCAGACAGACAUUUUACAUUAAUUCAUUCUGAGCCACAGAACAGACUUCCUCCUCCUCACCAUUUCUCUCUCUGCCAAAUCGAUGUUUAAGAUAUGAUGUUUAGAGCAUUGAGUUGUUUCUAUGCUGUCUGAGUGUUCUAUGGUUCUGAGUGUUCUAGGGUUCUGAGUGUUCUAGGGUUCUGAGUGUUCUAGGGUUCCGAGUGUUCUAGGGUUCCGAGUGUUCUAUGGUUCUGAGUGUUCUAUGGUUCUGAGUGUUCUAUGGUUCUGAGUGUUCUAUGGUUCUGAGUGUUCUAGGGUUCUGAGUGUUCUAGGGUUCCGAGUGUUCUAUGGUUCCGAGUGAUCUAGGGUUCUGAGUGUUCUAGGGUUCUGAGUGUUCUAGGGUUCUGAGUGUUCUAGGGUUCUGAGUGUUCUAGGGUUCCGAGUGUUCUAUGGUUCUGAGUGUUCUAGGGUUCUGUGUGUUUGUAACUCCACAGAAGGCAGUAGAAGGCUGAUGUUUCUGUUUCCUCCAUAUGAAAGGGCUGUUGUUUGGAUGGUGAUGUGAAGGUUGUCCUAUCCUAUCUGGUACUUUUCUUGCUGAUGCAUUGAGAUGGUCCUGAAGGUCUGGUCUGGACAGUGUUGGAAUGUGAUGAUGGAUGAGGGCUACCUGAGACAGACAGACACACUGACAGACAUUGUCAGAUAGACAGACAGACAGAUGUUCCCCUUGGCUGAAGAGAAGAGGGAACCACAUGCCUCCUCUCUCCCAUCCACAUCUGCUGUGUGGGGAUGUGAAGAUUUAUACUUCCUCCUCUCACAUACUCUCUGUCUCCCGGGUCGGCUGUACAGAUUUUAGAAUAUAAUAGUGGGAACUGUCCCUUGUUAUGGAAAUCGGUUUGCUUAGUUUUCGUAGCUGGCUAGAUGUUGUGUACGCAGGGUAAUACUACUAUACCACAGGUGUUUUUAAAGACUGUUUUGCGAAAUAUUUAAGAUUCCGAAAUUCUAUGAGGUUUUACACCAACUUAAAAGAGACGUUUCUGGCCGUUUUCCACUUUACACUUAGGAAUUGUGUUUUUAAGCUUAAAAUAAUACCUCCAAGCCCAUGUAAUCUCUCGAAACCAGAGCCCAGGCGUUUUGAAUAGAGGCAAUGAACCACUCUUUAACCGAAAGCAUUCAAAGCGGAUAUUUAGAACUCUGUUCAAAAGGAAAGCUGAAGCGUUUACAGAUUCCCACGAUGGAAAUGUGAAGGAAAAUUUGAGCCGACAUACGCAGUGUUUUACCGUGAAUGCAGUCUCUGCUACAUUACCUUUAAAUUUCAAUCACGCUGUAAAAGCUGAACUUCCGCGAUACAGAUCGAAUAGAACCCUUAGUGCCUGACAGUCUUUGUCUUUAUCACUCUUUAAAAUUGAAUUCUUUAAAAAGCCCAUCUGGUCCCGCUGGCUUGACAUGAGCUGUAUAACGGCCUCUCUACCACCUAGUGGGAAAAGAUGGUAUUACACACAGAGCCUCUGCAGAGAGCAGGGAAUGAGGUGCCACUUGUUUGGCUCUGGAGACACAGGGUGAGGAGGAUUAGAUAGACUGAUGGAAAAGAUAGAUAGUUUGUCCAUAAGAUCAUUUUGCUCUGGCCAUAUAGCUGCAGUUAUGUUAGAGAUGGUUUAUAAUAAUGCAAUAAUAUAUAUAUAUUAGAGACGGUUUAUAAUAAUGUCUUAGUGAAGCCCUUUGAGAAAGUCUUCUCUGUCUCAGCUGAUGGGUUUGGACAUGGACAUGGGCAGGGGACAUGGUUGUGUUGUUGUGAUGAGUUUGUGUGUUUGAGAGAGCAUGUCGUGUUGACAGGUUUACGAGAGAGAGAGACAGACAGAGAGAGAGAGACAGAGAGAGAGAGAGAGAGAGAGAGAGAGACAGAGAGACAGAGAGAGAGAGAGAGAGAGAGAGAGAGAGAGAGAGAGAGAAAGAGCUUGUUUUUGUAUCAUUCUAACCAGUGGUUUCUCUGACUUUAUGAGAUUGUUUUGAUAGUUAUACAGAGGACAGAAUGAGGAUAUAUAUGAACCAUAAAACGUGGAAUGUUAGAUGUUUUGAUAAUCAGGAUUGUGUUUGUGUGUGUUCAAUUGAAAGGAGUUAACGAAAAAUGAAACAUUUUAAAAUACAUUUGUAUUGUAAAUAUAAUUUCUUCUCCUCCCUGCCCAGUUUUGUGGGUGAGGUGUAGGUCUAUAGAUGUUAUUUCAGUCUAGAUUGGACUUUUAAGUUAUCGUCGUUGAAAUUGGCCCCCCUUUUGGGAAUCCCUGGACUUCACCAUGACCACUGCAGUACUUGUCACCCAUCCGAAGAGGAUGAUGUUGUGAUGAUGUCACAACAGAAGAGAAUCAAUCCUAUAGCCUGAUGUCACAACAGAAGAGAAUCAAUCCUAUAGCCUGAUGUCACAACAGAAGAGAAUCGAUCCUAUAGCCUGAUGUCACAACAGAAGAGAAUCGAUCCUGUAGACUGAUGUCACACCAGAAGAGAAUCAAUCCUAUAGCCUGAUGUCACAACAGAAGUGAAUUGAUCCUAUAGCCUGGCGCCAGAUCUAUUUGUGCUGUAUACAGCCACAUCCAUGACAAGUUCCAUAUGAGUUGGCAAGACAGCACCAACAGAUCUGGGACCAGGCUAAACUGACACGUUGUCUUUGUUUUUCAUCUCAGUCCCAAACUAGUUAACCAACGUGGUGUUCAGUGGAUGGAUGGAUGAAUUAAAAUGUUUGUUUUCUUCUUCGUUGUUGUCUGAAAGAAACAUUCAACGGUAUGGCUUGACUAUCGUACAGUAACGCCAGACAGACCAGAUAUAAUGUACCGUGUGGUCUGUUUGUGCUGUCUUGCCCAACUCUGUGGCAAUGACCAUAGGAACUGGUAAGAUGGCACAUAGUUACAUUGUAGCGCGUUUAUUGAUCUGCACUAUUGAGUGUUAAUGAGUGUCUGCUCCCGAUACAGUACAUCCACAGACAACAGGACCAUGACUCUCUGCACCAAUGAAUGGACAAAGCCAUUGAUCGCGUGACACAAUUCAUUCCUAUGUGAAGUCUCGAUAGCGCAUUGAAGCCGAAUUAAUUUGGGUAAGAUGGCGUCUCAUGGAGACAUGACAUGCGGCCGUUUGAGCGUCUCCAGAAUGUGACGCUGCAGGCGAGCUCAGUGCUGCCCCUUCUCGUUGAUUAACUCACAUUGUAGGCCGACCGGGGUACUGCAGACUGUCAUUAGCAACUAAUCCUUAUCUUGCGAUAGAAAAAAAUAUCGGUUCGAGGACAUAUAUCUGGUGUUUCAGAAGCAAUUAUUGGCAGCAUGACUGUCUUCGAAAAUUUGUUUUUAAUUCCACGAAGAUUGACCACGAAGAUCAAAAAAAUGUCCAUUCGCUAUAAUGGAGAAUCCCGUUUUUGCAAACAAUGCCUGCAGUACCGCAGCCUGCCGCGAAACUCUGUGGCUUUAAUGAGAGUGGGAAGUCGUUCUCAUCCAAUGGCUGCCAUUUUUUUGGAUGACGUGAGUGAUGUCAUCACUUUACCAUGGUUACCAUUACAACAUGCCUUUACAGUACUCAGUCUGAUAACUACUCAAGAGAGUGUCUUUACCAUAACAGGACAGUACGAAGGAAGAAACUAUUUCUCCAAUAGAAAUCCCCGAUAAUGUUUGUAGGCGAUGUCACGGCAACGUUGGCUAGCUAAGCUCAUGUGCAGAAACACAUCAUCAGGUCUAACGAUUGUCCUGAACUGCCCAUGUGCAGAACACAUCAUCAGGUCUAACGGUUGUCAUGUGCAGGCUGUCAAAUCAAAGGCAAAUCCUUCCAUGUAAAGUCGUUUUUUGUGACCAAUUGUUUAUUUGUUUUGUCAUUUUUUUGUUAGGGGGUUUACAGGUACAAUAUCCAUUUCAUAUACGUUUAUAAAACCUGUACUCAAGAGAAGACAGAAGAAAUACAUAGAGAGUUUAAAUAUAAAUAAUAAAAUCAGUAUAAACAGGAAAAUAAAACAAAAAAUAUCAUUGUCCACCACCCCCAACCCCCUCCCGCCAACCACUUCCAGCCAACCCCCUCCAGCCAACCCCAUCCCCCAACCCCCUCCAGCCAACCCCAUCCCCCAACCCCCUGCCGCCAACCACUUCCAGCCAACCCCCUCCAGCCAACCCCCUCCAGCCAACCCCCUCCAGCCAACCCCAUCCCCCAACCCCCUCCAGCCAAAAUGUCUCCACUCCCAACCUCCCAUUCCCCCCAACCCCCUCCAUUCAACCCCCUCCAGCCAACCCCCAACGCCCUCCAGCCAACCUGUCUCCACUGCCAACCUCCCAUCCCCCCAACAACUCUCCAGCCAACAUGUCUCUACUCCCAACCCCCCAACCUCCUCCAGCCAACAUGUCUCUACUCCCAACCCCCCCAACCCCCUCCAGCCAACAUGUCUCUACUCCCAACCCCCCCAACCUCCUCCAGCCAACAUGUCUCCACUCCCAACCCCCCAACAACCCUCCAGCCAACAUUUCUCUACUCCCAACCCCCCAACCCCCUCCAGCCAACAUGUCUCUACUCCCAACCCCCUCCAGCCAACAUGUCUCUACUCCCAACCCCCU